UAAAGAUAAGUAAUAAAAGCUACUUAAAAAUAGUUAUCAAUUUUUGAAUUAUCUUCAUUUUUUUCUAUCUAAGCACUAAAAGUAAAGACUCGAGUCACAUUAGAUAUUUAAUACCAAAGUAAAUUUGAUAUUUAUUUUUACGAAUUUCUUCAACUUCUCAUGCAUGACACUAUAAACACUUGUCUAAGUAUCUAAGUAUAUAUAAAAUAUGAGUGGCUCGAUUAGUAAGCGCCGAUCAGGCGACAUGAAAGUAUCUUAUAAAUCUACGUACAUUAUUUUACAUUAUCAGUACUGAAUAGCUACUGGAGUUAGUAAAAUUUAUCCCUAAAAAAUCUCUCUAGUGACAAUGACUUAAAAGUAUUUUAAUCUCAAUUAUCCAAUCAAUCGUAUAAAUAUCAUUUUUUUAAAAAAUAAAAGAAAGUUUGUAAAAUACAAAAAAAAAACAUAAAAUAGUGAUAAUGAAUCCAUUAACAAAAUCAAUUGAACAUCGAUUUGGCCUGUGGCUUCAAUGGAUAGCUGCUAUAGAAAUUUUUCUGAUAGAGGGAAUGAUUGGACUGCUAGCAGGAUGGUCAUCACCAUUUUUAGCAAAACUAACUAAACCAAACUCAACGGUUGAGAUAACCCUAGAUGAAGCAUCUUGGAUAGCAUCGCUUAUCAAUAUUGCCAGACCUUUGGGAGCAAUUAUGGGAGCAGCACUUGUAUAUUUUAAAGGCAGUAAACUAUCAACGCUUGCCUCUGGAAUACCUUUUGCACUCGCGUGGAUGUGUUUUUUUAUUUCAAAUGCCGUACCAUUGAUAUAUUUUUCUCGUACACUCAGUGGAAUAGGUGUGGGCAUGUUAUAUAGUUCAUUUCCGUUAUACAUGGGAGAAAUAUCUAGUCCUAAAAUUCGAGGUGCAUUAGUCAGUUUUAUUAUGCAAGGAGUGACGAUAGGGAAUUUAAUAGGAAACAUUGCUGGAACGUAUCUUGAUCUAUCAGGUUUUGCAGCAGUAAGUCUAGUGCCUAAUUUAAUAUUUAUUAUAUUCUUCGCGAUAAUGCCACAAACACCACAUCAUUUAAUCCGUGCUAAAAGAUAUGACGAAGCUGCCAAGUCAAUUAAAGCCUACAAUCGAAAUGCUGAUGUUAAACAAGAACUUGAAUCUCUUCGUUUUUUUUUAGAAAACGAUAAAACAAUGAAUAUUUAUGAAACUAUGCGCGAUAUGAAUACUCCUGUUAAUCGAAAAUCACUCAUAAUGGUUACUUUAAUAAUGGUUUUUGUUCAAUCAAGUGGACUUUACACAGUUGCUGCUUACAUGGAAAUUAUUUUCACUGCAAAUCAAGUAACAGUUAUCGCUCCAGCUAUGAUGGUAAUUAUUGUAAGUAUUUUAGGUAUUAUAGCAAGCAUAGCAUCAAUGUAUGCUAAUGAUAAAUAUGGUAGAAAAAUUAUGUUAACACUUUCAAGUUUUGGAGUAGCUACUGGUAUGUUUUUGUGGGGUCUUAAUUAUUAUCUUCUCGAAUUAGGAAUAGAAAAUCCUCAUUUACAAUGGAUGUCAAUUAGUGCUGCAUUAAUAUACCAAAUAACUGUAGCUAUUGGUCUCAUGCAAGUACCAAUGACAAUAGUCAGUGAAAUGUUUGCACCAAAUAUCAAAAGUUUUGGUGCAUGUAUAUGCAAUAUUGUAUCAGCAAUAUGUGCAUUCACUGUGAGUAGAACUUAUCAAAUCAUGGUUGAUUUAAUCACAGAAAAAUAUGUUUUUUGGCUUUAUUCGUUAAGUAUGGUUUCAUUGGCCGUUUAUACAAUGAUUUAUAUACCUGAAACUAAAGGUAAAUCUCUUGCUGAGAUUCAGACUAUGUUAAUAAAACAAAGUAAGAAGAAAGACUUGGAUGUUAAGAAUAAUAGUAGUGAUAAUAAUUUUAGAAAUGAUAGUAAAUUAGAAAAGGCAUGAAGUGUGAGAUUUUUGCGAUAAAUUGAAUGAAAUGUUUAUAGAGAGAAAAUCAUACAAGGAUAAUAUUUGAGUAAGUGUGCUACUUGUACAAUGAUUAUUAUAUUGUAAAUAAAAUGUAAAUAAUAAAUAUAAUUUUUUUGAAUA